AACUGCGAGAGGCGGCAGUUCCGUUAGCGCUGUGCUCUUUUCAGUUGUGAGUUGUAUAAUAAUUUUACUUUGCCUGUUUACUUUCUAGUUUCUACUGUAAACGAAAAGUAAAGCGAGAAGUUGAAAACUCAAAGUCAAAAGUCAAAAGAUCUGACAAAUUUUGAAUUUUUGAGUUGCCCGUCUUACAGUUUUUGCCUUAGUUCUGUUACAAGUGUUGUAACUUGCAUGCAAUGAACGAAUAAAUACGAAAUCUUCGUGUAAAUAUUAGAAAACGGUGUACCGUGUGCUUCGCGAAAACGCGGAUUGUCGAGGAAACGGAAAUCCUGAACGAAAGAUGUUGCACCCCAGUGGAAAGCUUUUGCUGCGAAACAGUAUUUUGAAUGCUGACGCAUUCAAUAAGUCGAACGAAGAGCAACAAAUGUGGCAGCAACAAACCACCAGCGAACAUCUGUCGGACCGCUGUUCGGAGCGCUCUCCGCCUUCUCAUCCUUCGAUUCAACAUUCCAAAUCCAGAAACGACAAACCAAAAAGUAUCCAUGAACAGAUCCUUGUGAGAAAAAAGAGGCUUCCAGAUUCCAGUAACUCGAAUUUCGCCUCUUCAUCUUUAGACGAAGUUCUUCGUCCUCAAAGCGAUGACAGGUUUUGGUUGCGUAAACUUGCUGAAUGCAAAGAGGCUGAUCCAGAAAAGCAGUUGUAUCCGGAAGAACUGGAGCCGCAGGGCAGUCGCCUCUCUGUUUCUGUGGCAUCGCAUAAGCAUCGUUUACAUGAAGAUCCGAGGGAUGGUUCUCACCGAAAGACAAAAAAGCGCCAUCGCUCUGCAGGCGAGACUUCCCGUGACCGAAAAUCCCAAAAGCGAAGCAAGAAAAGUAAAAAGAGAAAGAAAUCAAAAAAGGAAGAAGGUUGAACCAGCCUUAAAAUACAUAAAAGGAGUUAAAGGAGGUUGAACUUCGCUGUGAUACUAAUGUGAUAAUGGCAUCAUAAUGCAGCAGGCUUUUUAUGGGUAUUCUUUUUUUUGUUACUUCUCAGCAUUAAUGUUAUUUGCUGCAAGUGUUUCCAGAAUUUUAUGUAAUUGUACAGAAUGUGGGGUACGUUGUAAUUUCUGAGAUGAAUCUCACGUUUUACGCACGGCAUUGGAUCUUGAAAUGUGAUUUCAUUAAUUUUGUAAACUGAUCGAUUAUACGAGCACAUAAAAUCAGCAGAAGUUAAUAAUCUGAACUUUCAGUGAAGCCUUAUUUGAAGAAACGCA